UCCGUCUUGGGGCCACAGCCCACACAGGUCUUGUUCCAUUGCUGACUGAUGGUGUUGAAAUAGUCGCCGAAGGAGCCCAGGGAGAGGAGGCUGGGAGGGGUCCCUCCUGCUGCUCUGAAGUCUGGCCCAGAAGUACUCUUGUUCCGGUCUGGGUCAGACAAGAAGACAUGGAGUGUGACUCUACAGGCCAGGGCAGGCAGCCCAGGGAAGCAGGGGUGAGUGCCCUACUGCCCCGCCAGUCAUAUCCUCGAAGCCAUCACCCAGUGAGGGAGGGACCUGGGGAACCAGGUCCCCGGGACUCCAUUCCAGGCUGGCAAAAGGGCUCUGGGGCACAGGAGACCCUGAAGGCCAAGGAGCCUGAAGUGUCCCCAAAGGACGAGCAAGAGAAGCCAGUGGUAGUGGAGGAGCUGGCGGAGCAGACCGACCACAAGCAGCCCACACAAGUUUCCCUCCCAGGCCUGGUUCAUCUCAUCAGUGAUGAUGGGGUUCGCUCCACAGCCCUUCUCAUUCGAGGCAAGAUGGUGGCCUCGGCUACCAAGGUUGUGGCUGAGGCUUCUGGGGAGACCCCAGUGGAGGAAGAAGAGGCUGAAGUGGAGACCGAGGAGGCGGAGGAGGAGGAGCCAGGAAGGGAGGGAGAGUCAGAGGCAGCACUGCCUGGCUCUCGGGAAGGCCUCAAGGUCGGAGAGGGCCUGGUGGGGGAUAAGCGAUUCCUGUGCGUGGCCUGUGGCAAACACUUCAAGAGGGCUUGGGAGCUGCUCAGCCACGAGGUUGUCCAUAACUCGGCCCGGCCCUUCCGCUGUGACCUGUGUGACGCGGCCUUCAAGCGUCAUUCUGAUUUCAAAAGCCACAGGCUGGUCCACAGUGAGGAGCGGCCCCACACCUGCGAAGCCUGUGGCAAAGGCUUUAAGAGGGCCAGCAACCUGCAGGAGCACCGCCGCAUCCACAGCGGGGAGCGGCCCUUCCCCUGCCCGGCCUGCCCGAAGCGCUUCAAGUCGCCCUAUGAGCUGCAGCGGCACUCCUCGCAGCACGCCUCGGCGCGGCCCUUCGCCUGCCCGGACUGCGGCAAGGCCUUCGCGGCGGGCCCCGCGCUGCUGCUGCAUCGGCGCCAGCACUGCCAGGACAAGCCCCACGCGUGCAGCGCCUGCGGCAAGCGCUUCACCUACGGCCACAGCCUGCGGGUGCACGAGCGCGUGCACACGGGCGCCCGGCCCUUCGCCUGCCCGCUGUGCGCCAAGGCCUUCAAGCAGUCCAACGCGCUGACCUCGCACCGCCGCGUGCACUCGGGCGAGCGCCCGUACGCGUGCGCCACGUGCGGCAAGGCCUUCAAGCAGUCGUCCUACCUGGCCGUGCACCAGCGCUCGCACACGGGCGAGCGGCCUUACGCCUGCCCCACCUGCGGCAAGGCCUUCGCCCGGGCCUCGCUGCUCGUGCAGCACCGCCGGGUGCACAGCCCGGCGCGUCCCUUCCCCUGCCGCUACUGCCCCAAGCUCUUCAAGGGCCUGGCUUACCGGGCUGUGCACGAGAAGGUGCACACCGGGGACGCGCCCUACAAAUGCCACGUCUGCGGCAAGGGCUUCCCCCACCCCAGCAACCUGCUGCAGCACGGGAAGGUGCACAGUGAUGGCUGAGACCUGGGGGG